UAAACCCACCCAACUCAAGAUUCCAUCUCUCUCUGUGUGUGUGUGUGUGUGUGAACAAGAGAGAUUAUGUAUGAAAAGUAAGCGUAAGAAGAUUAUAAGAAGAAGAAAACCUCUCUCUCUCUCUCUCUCUCUCUCUCUCUCUCUCUCUCUCUCUCUCUCUCUCAUGUAGUCUAAGGACUGAUUCCUUCGUUUUUGAGAACAAAAUCAAUCUCAACUAUCCCAACCUGUUUGCGUUUUUCUUUUUUUUGCUUCCCCAGCAAGACCCUUCUUCCCAACUGUGAUUUCCAGCUAAAUCAAUCACCAAAAGUUCACUAUAAGUUCAUGUUCUUUUGACGAUUCUAGGGUUCAAAAAAACCGAUCAAGCUAGAGUCAAAAUGAAAUUAGAUUCCUUCUACUUAUAGUUCUUUUAUCUAUAAAUAUGUGUAGUUUAUCUUGGCAAAGGAUGGAGAAUUAUCAAGGAGAUUUAGCAGAUAUAGUUCGUGCAGGUGCCGGCAGCUCAGGAAGUAGUACUAACAACCCGAUUUCAGACUGGCAAUUCCCUACAGAACCCACAAAUUUUCAGUCAUCGCCGACGCUGGAAGAACAACUCACCGAUGAUUUUGGUGAUCCAUUUUCUAGUUCACGAGAUCCAUUGCUGCACGAACUAGGAAUUUCAGGUUCAAGCUUCUUUGAUCACUCGAAUUCUAAUACUGGCCUGGUUAAGAUGAAUGUUCAUCAAGAGAGUCAUAGUGUUACUAGUAGUCUUCUUGCUCAGAAGAUUUUGGAUGAAGAGAUGAGGCCUUGCAAUAUCCUCUCAAGGAUGCUUCAGAUCUCAUCAAACACAAAGAUUCCAGUUUCGCCCGGCAACAUAUCGACGAUGGUGACUUCGUCACCUAGGGGAAUUAAGAGUUCUUCUUUAGUUGCUGGUGAUAUACUCAGGGUUAACAGCUCUACAGGUGGUUCAUUAGAGAAUGGUGGGGUGCAGAUCUCUUCACCACGAAAUCCCGGUAUCAAGAGAAGAAAGAGCCAGGCAAAGAAGGUAGUUUGCAUCCCAGCACCAGCAGCUGGAAACAGCAGACCUACUGGAGAAGUAGUGCCAUCAGAUCUCUGGGCAUGGAGAAAGUAUGGUCAGAAACCCAUCAAAGGUUCUCCUUAUCCAAGGGGCUACUAUAGGUGCAGCAGUUCUAAAGGUUGUUCUGCGAGGAAACAAGUUGAGAGGAGUCGAACUGAUCCAAACAUGUUGGUCAUUACCUACACUUCUGAACAUAAUCAUCCAUGGCCAACCCAGAGAAAUGCUCUUGCAGGCUCUACCAGGUCUCAGCCUACAAAGAAUAGUGCAGCUUCAAAAAGCUCACCAUCCUCACAAACCCCAAAAUCCACCAAUUUGAAGGAAGAACAGAAAGAAAACAAUACUGAUAGUGUGCCAUUGCCACACAUUGUUCCCGGGGGAUCAGCUGCCUCCAUGGCUGUUAAGGAGGAAGAGACUGAAUCAGAUAAGGCAGUAGAAAUGAUGGAUGACAGUGAGUUCAAUCAAGGUCUCCAUCAGAGUUACAGGCCAGCCCCACCAGACUCCAAUCAGUCUGAUGACUUCUUUGCAGAUUUGGCAGAAUUAGAGCCAGACCCUCUAAAUCUCUUGCUUUCUCAAGGAUUCAGUGCAGGGAAAAUGGAUGAAGGAAGAGAAAACAAGGCCUUAGAUCCCUUCAGCCUCUUUGAUUGGACAGGAAACAACUGAUAAUUAGAUAAUAUAGGAGGGGUUUAUGGCAAGACCUUGAAACAAAACUACUAAACCUAAUUGCACUCAUGGUGCAAUUUCACUUCAAGGUCUGGUUAUAAACCUUAAAAUCCAGUUUGAUAUGAUAUGAUAUGAUAUGAUAUGAGAAGGAAUUCUACUUUUUUUACUUCUUGUUAUUUACCAGAACAGUCUGCAGAUUAGAGAAAGAGAAUAGAGUGUUGGUUGAUUGGAAACAGACCCAUGAGACUCACAUUCUUUGGAAUAUUGGUGGAUGGGACAGAAAGUUGAGGAACAGAAGCUCUCAACAGUUAAAUCAAGUACAGGUUUCAGACAUGACUGAAAAGCCUUGCAAGGGAGUUGAUAUAAGAUGGGACCUUUUGUUUCCUUUCUCUUACUUAUCUUUCCAAGUGGGGAAAAUAAUUCAAGCAACAGUUUGUUUCGUGGGUACUCCUUAAAAAGAAUAGAAAACCCAUGAUUUUCUUGCUUUGAUCAUGAGAAAAAAAUGAAAGAUUACAAGAAAGAAAAGAAAAGAGAGCUGGAGGGGAGAAAAAGGAAAAGCUUGACUUAUCUUAUCAGUCCUUUAAAGAGAAGUGAAGAGGAGAGAAAGAGAAUACAAGGUUUUGUGUUCCACAGCUUUCUGUUCUUGAAUCCCCUUUUCUCCAAAUUAUAUGUUUUGGAGGUUUACAUUAAAGUGUAUCAGCUAUUAUAGAUUGCUUGUGAGAACAAUACUUUAUUUUUCAACUAAUUAAUUUUCUA